ACAUUGUCCAGAGGAAUACCAUAAAGCUACUUAUUUGCUGUCUUUCUCUCAUUCCCAGGACUCAUGGAUCAUGUCAACUACACCUGGACCCGGACUUUCAUCCUUGCUGGUUUCACUACCUCUGGCACCCUGCAACAUCUUGCAAUCUUUGGGACCCUUUGCAUCUAUCUCCUCACACUGGCAGGGAACUUGUUCAUCAUUGUCUUGGUUCAGGCAGAUUCAGGGCUGUCCACUCCCAUGUACUUCUUCAUCAGUGUCCUCUCCUUCCUGGAAAUCUGGUAUGUCAGUACCACAGUGCCCACCUUGCUGCAUACCCUGAUCCAUGGGCAUUCACCCAUCCCAUCAGCUGCAUGCUUUAUCCAGCUGUAUGUCUUCCACUCCUUGGGUAUGACCGAGUGCUACCUGUUAGGUGUCAUGGCCCUGGACCGCUACCUUGCUAUCUGUCGCCCACUGCACUACCAUGCACUCAUGAGCAGACAGGUACAGAAACAGCUAGUUGGGUUUACAUGGAUGGCAGGCUUUUCAGCUGCCCUAGUGCCUGCAGGUCUAACUGCCUCUUUGCCCUAUUGUUUGAAAGAGGUAGCCCAUUACUUUUGUGACCUGGAACCUGUAAUGCAGUUAGCAUGUGUGGACACUAGCUGGCAUGCUCGGGUUUAUAUUGCAGUGAUUGGCAUGAUCAAUACAUGCAAUCUUGUUUUCAUCUUGGGACUCUAUGGAGGUAUUGUGAAAGCUGUGCUGAGGCUGCCUUCAGCUGCUAGCCGUGCCAAAGCUUUUUCUACAUGUUCCUCCCAUAUAACCGUAGUGACAUUGUUCUUUGGCUCUGCCUUCAUUGUCUAUGUAGGGCCAAAAGAGAUUCUAGCUGAGGGCAGAGACAAGCUUAUUGCCUUGGUAUAUACUUUGUUCACCCCUUUCUUCAACCCUAUUAUUUAUACUCUUCGCAAUAAGGAAGUCAAAGAGGCUUUUAAGAGGGUCACACAGAGGAUUAAGGCUGUGCUGAAUUGAUUUUGAAGUCCCCUAGAUUUAUAUUAUACCAUUUGAAAAGUGCAAGAUUUAGCUGCUUACUUAUGUAGACAGUUACCUGGUUGUUCCAAUAAUAUGUGAAAUUUUCAACUCAAGCAGUUUAUGAUCAGGACAAAUUUAAAAAUGUCCUAAUGUGGGAGUGGGUGAGCCAGAGAUUCUAAGGGAGAGAAAAAACAUGAAGCUCACCUUUCUCAGGCAGAACUUAGUAAGAAAUUGUUAUAAUUUCUACAAUCUGGACUGGCUCUGGGUUUGCAUUUCAGACUGGACUUUUGGAGAAAGACCCAGAAGAUAUUGAAAUUAGUUAAAGAUGUGGGAAGAGAGCAUUGGGCAAAUGUUGUGAUGGAGACCAGUGAAUUAUGAAAACAGAACACACGAGUACAUGGAAUUCGGUAUACUUGGGCAAUAUUGUGAUACAAUAUGUUGGAAGAUGGAGUGGAGGUUUCCUCUAAUAUGAAACAGAAUGGGAUAGGGGAAAAAAGUAGCUUAGACAAUUGGCAAUAUAAACAGCUUAUGAAAUCACUGUCUGCACUCUGAAUCCAGGCCACAAGAAAACAUUGUUGGUGCAGCUCAUAUGGGAAGAACCGGCUUUUUGAACCAUGCAAAGAUGUAAAGACACCAGUAUGGAUGUCUUCACUCAGGAGCAGACAGUAGCUGUUCUGUGCUUCUGCUUUUACAGUGUAUAUGGUUUCACCUCAGAGCAGACCUGAGGGCACUGUCAAGCUUAUUGCUUUAGUGUAUGCCCUCCUGACUCCAUCCCUCAACCCUAUCAUCUAUUCCCUCCACAACAAAGAAGUGAAGGAGGGGGAGGGAAGAGGGCUUAUGGGACUUGUGGGGAGUGGGGACCCA